GCCGCUGCGCGAGCGCUCCGGUGCGUCUUCUUCUUGUUCCGCUCGCGCGCCGACUCUCAGUGUAAACCGCUCGCGCCCGGGCUCGCGCGUCCCAACUCUCCGCUCUCUAGGAGGAUCGGGCAACCCUAAUACAACCUGGGAUCGAGUGUUAUUUAUUCUUUUUUUUUUAAGUAAAAAAAUAUUUUCUUCGAUUCUUUUAUAGGAGAGAGUCAGGUAUUUAGAAAGAGAGAGUAAGAGAGAGAGAGAGAGAGAGAGAGAGAGAGAGAGGUUUUAACGGACACCUGCCCGAGGUGAUACACACUUUGAAUUGGAACUCCAAAGAGGAACCGAUUGAAGUUUCUGCGUCUCCGUCUGUCUCGGGCUCGUGACCCAUUGGGACGUUAUCCGUGUAUUUAUUCCGUCACUGUUAAAAUGGGAGCGCUUCUUGUCUUCGUCGUCCUCUGCGCGAGCUUCGCUGUCCCGCAUCUCGCCAAAGCUACAGAGGGAAAAGAUCCACAUUCAGGACCUUGCCACCCGAACCCCUGCCACAACGGAGGCACGUGUGAAAUCAGCGAGACCUACAGGGGCGACACGUUCAUCGGUUAUGUCUGCAAGUGUGUGACCGGUUUUAACGGCAUCCACUGCCAGCACAAUGUCAAUGAAUGUGAAAGGGAUCCAUGUAAAAAUGGAGGGAUCUGUACGGAUUUGGUGGCCAACUAUUCGUGUGAAUGUCCAGGCGAAUACAUGGGAAGGAACUGUCAGUAUAAAUGUUCCGGCCCACUCGGUAUGGAAGGAGGCAUCAUCUCCAACCAGCAGAUCACCGCCUCCUCCACCCACCGUGCUCUCUUUGGCCUGCAGAAGUGGUACCCUUACUUUGCCCGCCUCAACAAAAAGGGGCUAGUGAACGCCUGGACGGCUGCCGAAAAUGACAGAUGGCCCUGGAUCCAGAUAAACCUGCAGAGAAGGAUGCGGGUCACAGGCCUGAUAACCCAGGGGGCCAAGCGGAUUGGGAGCCCUGAGUACGUCAAGUCGUAUAAAGUGGCCUCCAGCGACGAUGGAAAGACAUGGAGGACGUACAAAGUCAAGGGCACAGACGAGGAUAUGAUAUUCCGGGGUAACAUUGAUAACAACACUCCCUCAGCCAACUCGUUCACCCCUCCUAUAGAGGCUCAGUAUGUGAGGAUUUACCCACAAGUUUGCAGGAGACACUGCACUUUGCGUAUGGAGCUCCUUGGCUGUGAACUUACAGGAUGCUCAGAGCCACUGGGGCUGAAGUCUGGCCACGUACAGGACUACCAGAUCACAGCAUCCAGCACUUUCCGAACCCUCAACAUGGACAUGUUUACCUGGGAGCCCAGCAAAGCCCGUCUGGACAAGCAGGGAAAGGUCAAUGCCUGGACGGCUGGACAUAGUGAUCAGUCUCAGUGGCUACAGGUGGACAUGAAUGUGCCAACAAAAAUCACAGGCAUCAUAACCCAGGGGGCGAAAGAUUUCGGCCAUGUGCAGUUUGUGGGCUCAUAUAAGCUUGCUUUCAGCAAUGAUGGAGAAAGAUGGCACAUAUAUCAGGAUGAAAAACAGAAGAAAGAUAAGGUAUUUCAAGGAAACUUUGAUAAUGACACACACAGGAAAAAUGUGAUCGAUCCUCCCAUCUACUCCCGCUUCAUCCGGAUCCUUCCUUGGUCGUGGUACGGGAGGAUCACUCUGCGUGCAGAAGUACUCGGAUGCACAGAGGAAGAGUAAAAAAAACUCCCCAGAUCCCACUUUUUUCUUGCUCGGUACACUUCAGUACCAUUUUCAGAUUCAAUAUAAACUUUGCUCGAGCUGUAUAGAGAAUAUCAAUGUCCAAUAGAGUUUGCUUUUUUUUUUCUUCAAAAUGGUUUGGGAAAAAAAGGAACAUGCUGGUGGUGGGAGUGGUUAAUGUUUUAUGUUUUAUAUACAAAAUUCUGACCCUAACAUUAAGUUUGUGCUUUCAUUUCCUGUGCUUGGGGUCAUUUAGUUCAUGUUCAAGAUUUUGUCCUGAGUUGAUUAUAGUCUUGUAAUUUCUGAUAGGAUUAUGGGAUUGGGUUUGGGUUUAUUUUACUGGGGCUAAUACAGUAGGAUAUUAGCCACUGGAUGGUGUCACUUUUAAACCAACAAACACACAAAGAAACAGUUAUACACUAUGCUUUUUGGACCAUAAUCAAAACGCUUUAUCUCAUAACUAAAAAAACAUUUGAUAAGAUGUUUAAAACGCCACUACUAUAAUAGUAAAAUCUUUGUUUCCUGCAUUCCUGUUUUAUUUUGACACCUUAUCAAAACUACAGUUAAAAAAUACACUGAUGUUGUGUAGAGGAAAUAUGAUGCUCUUGUAUUAUAUAUUAAAUACUAAAUUACUGCAUGGUGCAUAAAUUAUACUAGAAAUAUUAGGCAUCAAAUUCCCUUUGUAUUUUUGCUCCAUAUUAAACACCUCAAAUCACUCACUAUGAAUCUGUUUAUACUUGCCUUUCCAAAAAGAAAAAAUUAUAUAUAUCUGCAUACCAAUAAAUACAAGUAUCGCAUAAUUUAGAAAUGAAAUCAGUACUAGAAGUGUGGCAUAAAAGUAGUUUUUGCAGAAAUGUUCAUAGGUAUACCAUUGAUUGGGUUUAUUAAGACUAAAGUGCACUUCCAAUGCAAAAGCUACACAUGUGGACUCGUCACACAAUCUAGUUGCACCCAGCCACUCUCACACAAACACCACUUGAAUUUUAGUGAGCAAAAGAGAUUUCAUUGGAUUUCAUAUUCAAGAAGUCUUUUAAACUUUUUUGUUUCUUCUUAAUCCACAUAGCUUUUCCACUCAUACCCUUUUAUAGCUCAUGCAGAAGAAAUUACGUUUGUUUGAUACCUAAAAGACAGGCUGCCGAAUGUUUUCAACUGGGAAAUGUCCAGAAGGAUUUGCAAUCCUGGACUACCUUAAAUCUCAGUUGUAUUUAAUUUGUUGCUGUUGUCGCUACUAACUGCUAUUUGUAUUUCUAUUUGUCCACUUUCUCACUAUUUUUGACCUCUUUUUAUUUUAUUUUUUAUUUUUAUUAGGGUAAUUCUUUUUUUGCUGCAUUGCUCAGAUUAACUACUGUAUUUUUUGUUCCAUUAAUGUAAAAUCCUCAGGUUAGACAUCAUAAUUCACCCCUUGGAAAGUAAGCAGUAUCUAAAAUAAUAAAAAUCAAAGUUCACCAAAACAACCAAUAAACAACAUACUAUUAGAGUUCUGAAAGGUUUUACAUACAGUAUGUGUAUACUGCUAUUCUUUGGAAUGUGCAGUGAUGCCUAUUGGAUUGUCGCUAGAAAUUUUUAAAUGUGUUUGUUUGUCUGUCUUGGGACUGUAAGAAUUCAGGUUUAUAAUGGGGUAACCAAUGUCUUUCCUUAAAAAUCAUCAGUUUUUCUUGAAUGCUGAAGAGGAGUGGAUAUCCCCUUUAAAAUAGGGGAAAAGGGCCACUGAGCCAUGUAAUGUAUCAUAAUAUCCUAAACCAUUAAUCAUUGAUUAUUUGUACAACUUUGAAUGUUAUGUGUUAAAAAAAAAGAAAGAAAAGAAAGACAGAAAAAACCCAUUAACAAUGUUUAUUCACAGUAUGGUGACAUGAAACGUAAUCAUCAUGUACACUUGACAUUUUCUAACAGAUGAAUGUUGCAAGAAGUCAUAUAUUUGUAUUUGAUUUGAUUCUGAUUUAUUAACAUCUAUAUGGAGGUAUUGAUAUAGUAAUCCUUUGUCUAACAUUGCCCUGUGUCAAAGCUAACACAGGCUGUCCUGUUCAAAUGACUUGUGUGCACAUUGUAACAGUUUUUUUUUCUUGUACUUCUUCGGGGCUAACAGUCAAAUAAGAUAAAAACCUCGAUAAAAAAAAAUGUCCAUAGGCACAUUUUUUAAAUGAUAUAUACAUAUAUACUGGUGAGUUCAAUAGUCCGGUAUUUUCAUUUGAUGUGCUGUGAAUAGUGAUGUGUCAAAAGCUGAUAUCAGGAAAUCCCUGUGGGCUCACAUCAGUUUUGUUUUUGUUGGGUUUUUUUGUUGUUGUUUUUUUUUUUUUUUUUUUGUUGCUUUUUUUCCUUUUGCUUUAUUUUGUUACGUUUUGUGUUUGACAACUUUUGCAAAUAAAUAAAUGUCACCCCCACAUUUCGAAUUCAAUUGCAAGUAUUUGACAAAAUGUACUGAUAACAUGCUGAUUAAUAAAAUGCUGAAGAGUGUACAAAAAAGCCAUUAUCACCCACUCUUUUGUUUGAAAAAUAAAUCGAAGUCUGUGAAA